ACUGUAACUGCUAUCUCCAUCCGCAUCGAUUGUACAUCUCGAUUAGCUCUCCAUCUUGCUUCACAGUCCUGCGUGCGAACAAUUAAGAGUUUCCUGAAUUCAAGAGAUAAACAAGUUCAGUUAAGCCGAGGAAGCCUAUAUAUAGACAGCAAUUAUGAAGGUAAUCGUUGCACUCGUCUUCCUCUCUGCCGUCAUCGCAACCGGUUAUUCGUCGAGGUCAAGAAGUCGGUUCGAUGACGUCGACGGUCCGAUCGAGUCGUACCGAUUACUCGAUGCUCUAGAAUACACCUGCACUGACAUCGUGCCUCUACUGGAUCACCUGAAAUACGUCAAUCGUGUCUUUGGUAAUACGAAGAAAUUGGUACAACCCGUGUGUAAGUACAUCCUGCGGGAGUCCGACGAUUUUGAUCCCACCAAAUUCUGCACGUUCGUGACAGAGUAUAUCCGCAUGCUUGCCUUGUUGGACGCUGGCCGGGACGUUGGUACUAGCAACAGUGGUCAACGUCGUGAUGAUUAUGAUCUUGUCUUUGAAUUGGUGGCAAAUGCCACAAGAAACUUGUAUGGAAUUGACCCCAAUAACGCGACAACCAUCUGUCCAAACGCGAAUAAGUUGUUCGAGCCGACACUGGGCACGCUCUAUGAGGACAUCUUGACCGAGUAUUACAUCGAGCUGCUCACCGAAGCCAUCCCCGUUUUGGUGUCUCUCUGUCACGACCGGAAAUCAUUCUACACCGCCAUUGGUGUGCCAGUUGACUCCCCUUACGAGCAGUUGGCCAACAGUCUCCUCGACAUCGGCUCAGAGAUGGCGGGAUAUGAUGAUUAUACUGACUUUUGUGAUGGAACCAAACCAUGGUUCAGCCAAGGUUAUGCUGGUCGCAGGAAGGGUGCCAAUCUCCUUGUCAUCCUGAUGAGGGAUAAAUUCUACGACGCACUCGACCAAUAUUGAAUAGUACCACCCCAAAAGUGCUGAAGGCCUUGAUACAAGACUGAUCCAAUUUUUCUUAAUUAAUUAUCAUUAAAUGAACUCUGAAGAUGUGUGGAAUUUCACAAGCUAACCUGAAAUAAUAACCACAUGCACAGAAGGGAUUUUAGAAUGGAAUUAUUUUGCUCUCGACGCUAUAUAGUCCCAUUUAUGCAGUUUUUUUAUUAUUUCGUUUUAGGGGCAAAGCAAUGAUAAUAUCUUGAAAACUAAGCAAGAUUUGGAAGAGACCAAGCUAGUCACAAGGGUUUUGUAUUUUAUGAUUGAAAACAUACAAUCUGAUGAACAUUGUUUGUAUAUAUAGGUCUAUAUAUUUGGUUAGGAAAAAAUCAAUAAAGAAAAAAAAAUAUAUUCGUUCGUGGAGAGAUGCGAUAUACUCUGAUGGGUAAAUAUGUACAAUUAAUUAUUUUCACAUUCAUUUUAAUUUAUUCUUUUCAUCCUAUCCAUUGAUCUGUAUUUACUCCCUGUGGAAUCCAACCUUAUGAACUGAUCUAAUUAGUGAAGGGAAAAAUAUAAUUGCGAAAGUUUGAAAGAGAUCAGAUUAGAUAUACAAUUCAAAAUUAUGUAAGAUUCAUAUGACGAUAUCAAUAUCAAAUCGGCAAUUUGGGGUGAGUAUGCAUUGUAACAAUAUUAUAAGAAAUUUAAGUAAUUUUAAAUAGUUUUUUUAAAUUAUAAGUAAUUUUUCCAUUAGGAGUCAGUUUCAUAAAACUUAAAUUCGCAAUAAUAGUUUAAAGCUACCGAAUUCAUUCAAUUUGAUUGACUGAUGAAAAGUAAACAAGUCUGAAACGAGACCCUAGCCUGCAUGUAAGAAAGAAAUAAUAUAUAUAGCGAUAUUUCCAGAUCGAAGGAAAAAAAGUUGUAAUUCUUUUUGAAUCAUGACAUUUUAGUUUAUCUUGUGUAUUGGAGAAAAAUGAAACUGGAAUAGUGAUCCCUUCUUACAUUACAAUGACAUCACAAGUAUACGUUGCCAGUUUGAAUUCCCAAUAGCGAUUACAACUUUUUACAACUCAAAAUUUUUAACGUUCUUAUCGCUAAUUCAUCCAUCUUUGUACAGAGUUUACCCUAUCUGUUUCUUUGAUUGUCCCUAUUCUUUCAAAGCACAUUCUUUAUGUGGGUUGGAUUCCACUUUAAAGACUUAUUCACUAUCAUCUCUUUCCUCAUAUAUAGAUUCCUAAUCUAUUAGGUGCUUUCUCAUUUCCAUGUACAUGACAAUCACAAUAGUUCUUAGAUGUACAGUAUAGUACAUAAUUGAUGUGUAUAAUUCAUUACAGUAAUGUGUAAUCAAGAUUGGUAUUUUUUAGUGUAUAGGCCUAUUUUUGGUAAACUAUGCAAAUAUGCAUGAUGAUUGUGUUUUUGAACAGCACCAUUGAUUAUAUUUGGAGGUCAUAGCGGCGCUACAG